UUCCUCUUCACUUUCCUGUCUCUCUCUCUCUCUCUUACUUUCUCUCUCUUCUAAUAAAGUUGUCAUAAAAAAGCAAACAAACGCCUUUUUCUUCAUCAUCAUCGUCGUCGUCUUCGUCGUCAUCUGCUUCUUCUUUUCUGCUUUCUGCUUCUGCAACUUUACUUUUCUUCCAAGAAUCAAAAAGAACACCCACCCCAUCAUCUUCAUCUUCAUCUCCAUGGAUGCAGACAGUGGUUUCAACAAGGAUCUCGAUCUCGACCUCGACCUCCAUUGCACCACCAGCACCAGCACCGGCGCCGCUUUCUUCCUUAAUCCCAUUCCAAUUCCAAUUCCUAAUUGGGAUAAUUCCUCGCCUCUUUUGCACCACCACGACCCCGCCGAUCCCUUCGAGUCCGCAUUGAGCUCCAUGGUGUCCUCCCCCACCGCAACCUCCUCCGCCCCCGCCCCCAAUAACCUCCUCCGGGAGCUUAUUGGCCGCCUCGGCACUAUCUGCAACUCCGGCGAGAUCUCCUCCAGCAACGCCGCCGCCGCCGCCUCCGUCUACAGCACUCCUCUCAGCUCCCCGCCUAAGCUCAUCGACAAUCCUCACCGGCAGAUCAGGGGAAACCAUUCCGCCCUCCAACUCCCACUCCAUCUCCCACUCUCCCCCGAUCCAGCCUUCGCCGAACGAGCCGCCAGAUUCUCUUGUUUCGCCGGCGCCGGAUCUCACAACAGCAACAGCAGCAGUAACAGCAACCCAAACCCUAACCCUAAAAUGGCAGUUCAAGAAAGCAGGGGUGUCGAUCCUCACAAGAAAUUCAGCCGGCGGCUCUCGACCCCUGAAAAUGUGGAAUUCGGCGGCGAUUCCGGGGAGAAUUCGUCGGUCUCCGAGCAGAUCCCCCUCCCGCCCAACGACGCCACCACCUCCAGGAAGAGGAAAUCCAAUAUUCCCAAAGCAAAUGGAAAUGGCAAUGGACAGUCUCAAUCUCAGUCUCUGAAAGAAACCAAAGACCCCUCCUGCGCUUCCGAGAACAGCGAAUCGGGCGCCAAAAGAAGCAAAUCAGAAGAAGGGAAGGAUAAGGAGAAGAUUAAUAAUAAGGGAGGAGGAUCGAAGGAUGCAGCAGCAGAAGCUCCCAAGGACUACAUACAUGUGAGGGCCAGAAGGGGUCAGGCUACGGAUGCCCAUAGUCUUGCUGAAAGAGUUCGGAGGGAGAAAAUCAGCGAAAGGAUGAAAGUACUGCAAGAUCUUGUGCCAGGAUGCAACAAGGUGACGGGGAAAGCUGUGAUGCUUGAUGAGAUCAUAAACUAUGUGCAGUCUCUGCAGCGCCAAGUUGAGUUUCUGUCCAUGAAAUUGGCUGCUGUGAAUCCAAGAAUGGAGGAGUGUUCGGGCAUGGAAGCUGCUGGUGGUGGUGGAGGAUCAAAGGAUGUGGGAUCUAUGGGGCAUCAUAACAUGUACCAGCAGCAGCCAUGGGAGAGCUAUUAUCAUUCCACAACAACGAUGAUCAAUAAUUCUCAUCAAUCAAACGGGAAUGGGAGUGGGAUGAUGAUGAUCCACCCUGAAGCUCAUGGCAGGAAUCCAACCUCACAUAAUUAUCUCCUCCUCGACAAUUUCAGCGAAAGCACAGCAGCAGCAGCAGCCUCGUCGCAGAUGCAGGAGCAGGUUGAGGUUGAGGUGUGGGAAGAUGACCUGCAUAGCUUUGUGCAGAUGGGAUUUGGGCAACCUCAACAUCAGAGGCAGACCCCACCCCCACCCCCACCCCCUCAUGGUGGGAUUCGAAUGAAAGUGGAGCUGUGAUUGUUUGAUUUUGAUGAGGAAGAAGCAGCAGCUUGUCAUUGCAUUGCUGCUAUAUAUAUAUAGAACAAAGUAAGCAAGCCUAAUUCAAUAAUCGAAUCCAUUUGAGGAGUAAGGGAGUGAGCAAGUGUAUAUACACUAUUACAUACAUAGUGAAAAAUGGGGGGAUUUAUUAUGAUUAUGAUUAUGACUAUGAUUAUUAUCAAUUGACAAGGCAAGGCAAGGGAAGGGAAGGCCUUCUUCAAUUCACAGCCUGCCUGUUUUUCUGUUUUAUCCUUUUCUUCUCUUGUAUCAUCUCUAAUUUGUUGCUACAAAAAUGUAAUUAUGUUUGUAUAUGGUUUUACAAUGAAUGUACCAACCACCCUAUACAUACAGGGAUGGAUAUAUAUAUAUAUGUAUGUAUGUAUAUGGAUUUCAUUUCA